CCAUGCUUUGUUGAUUUCUGUAUUCGUGUGCAUAAAUUUACGAAUUUUUUUUCACAUGGUGUCUCCAGAGUCUCAAAAUACUGUAAAAAAUAUUCUUCACGAUGGCAGAGUCUUUAUUUCGUAGAACAGCAAAAAUUGCCACCGUUGUAACGGUGUACUGGAUAAUCUCCAUUUCAAUGGUGUUUUUGAACAAAUAUCUUUUAAGUAGUCCCGAUUUGAAGCUUGAUGCACCAUUGUUUGUCACCUGGUAUCAAUGUGUUGUGACGGUUGUAUGCAUAUACUUUCUCAGUUUCAUUGGAGAUAAAUUUCCACAGAUUGAGAAAUUCCCAGCAUUUUCAAUCGACUUAAAAGUUUCAAGACAGAUCCUGUCUCUUUCUGUUGUAUUUGUUGGCAUGAUCACGUUCAACAAUCUUUGCCUUAAGUAUCUUGGUGUCUCAUUUUACAAUGUUGGCCGUUCGUUAACAACUGUAUUCAAUGUGUUGUUCACAUUUGUUGUACUUGGUGUAAGAACAUCUGGAAAGGCUAUUGCCUGUUGUGCAGUAAUAAUCAGUGGUUUCCUGCUUGGCAUUGAUCAAGAGGGAAGUUCAGGAGAACUGUCAUAUUCUGGUGUUGCGUUUGGUGUCUUAGCCAGUCUCUGUGUUUCAUUAAAUGCCAUUUAUACCAAGCGUAAUCUUGGUGUGGUGGACAACAACAUUUGGCGACUACAACUGUACAACAAUUUCAAUGCAAUCAUCCUGUUUCUACCAUUGAUGGCCAUGAUGGGUGAGUUCCAGGUUAUAUAUAACUUUCCUAUGCUCAAGAGUGCCUACUUUUGGGGUGUGAUGACCCUUUCUGGAUUUUUUGGUAUUGCAAUUGGAUAUGUUACUGGUCUUCAGAUCAAGGUGACUAGCCCGCUGACACAUAAUAUUAGUGGGACAGCAAAAGCAUGUGCGCAGACAAUAUUGGCAGUAUCUGUGUAUCAUGAAGUGAAGACUCCUCUUUGGUGGCUGAGUAAUGCAUUUGUCAUUGGUGGCUCAGGCAUGUAUUCUAAAGUCAGACAUGAUGAAAUGCGUCAGAAUAUGAAUAAGUUACCUGUUAGUAACGCAAAAGAUAGUGAUCCUGGCACAGAGACUGCUGAUGGCUCAAAACAUUAGUGGAAUAUCAAUAGACGUCCAUCUACUCAGGCUAAUUAUCUUAUAGACGUUUCUAGCUUUCUAACUUUUUUCUAUGUUACCUUGGUAAUAACCUAAUGAACGUGUUAUUAGUGCUAUACUUGUGAAUGCAUGUUUUAAAUAAAUAGCAUUUAUAUAAAUAACCCCAACUCACCAAUUAUUAAUUUGGUCAGCAGUUUAAUUAAAUAAUUGAUACCCUCCAGCAUAGGAACAAAAAAUGUACUUAGAAAGAAUUUUGGAGGCCAUGAUGAUUGUUCAACAAUCUUUUUAACUAGUAGCAGUAGUCCUAGAGCAUUGUUCCUUGGCUAUAUGCAUAUAUAUGCUACCUGGAUGUUUUUUUCACAAAUCAAAAUGAAUAAAAGUGUUUGAUA